CAUAAACGGAAAAACAUAUUUUUAUAUGUGUAAAAAAUGCAUUUAUAUAUAAAGAAAUGUUAUUUCAUAAAAACCACGACAGAAAAAUAAUUGAAAUAGUUUGAAAUAUAAUUCAUUAAUAAAGAGUGUUUUAUUUUUAAUCUACGAAAUUGUUAAAACUAACUAAAUGGAAUCAUUACAUUGAAGUAUAUAGCAUAUAGGUUAUAACAAUAUGCAAACUUUAGCAAAAUUCUCAAGCCGGCUCUUUGUACAACAAAAAAAUGUUGUUGGCAAUUCCUUUAAACACUCUGUACAAGAAAAUACCUUCAAUAAAGAUCGAAUUUUUAUUAAAUCAUGGAACAAUUUGCAAAUAUGUCGAUGUUUACAUGUUACAAAGCAAUCAUUGAAACAUUUGAAAAAAGAAUACCAGGCGGUAUGUUGUUUAUUACGACGAAGUGGAAUAGAUGAAAUAUUUUUACAGAAAGUAAUUAAAGUGUCAAGAAAUUUUAGUGUAGUAACUGUAAAAUGUAAUAGACAACAAUCUUCGAAAGGUGAACCAUCUGAAAGUACUUCAUCUGAUUCUAGCAAAGAAAACACUGGAAGUUCCAAUAACGAAAAGUCGGAUAAAGAGCCUGAUAAAGAUAAAUUAAUACAGCUGAUAUUGAAAUUUUCAUUUGUAAUAUUUGUUCAGUUGUUAGUGGUGUCCGUUUUUUUAAAUUCUAAGUCAGGAGCUGAUGAAACUACAGUUCAAACGCAAGUCUCCUGGAACGAUUUUGUUUAUCAUAUGCUUGCAAAAGGAGAAGUACAACGAAUUAUUGUCGAUCCAGAAUUAGAGUUGGCUAUUAUAAUUCUUCAUCCUCAAGCUAUAUAUAAAGGCACAGUAUCACCAAUUCAAGCUUACCAAAUGAUUAUUGUAAAUCCAGAUCGAUUUGAAGAGAAAGUAAGAGCUGUGGAAGAUUCUCUUGGAAUAAAAGCAGGUGAUGGAGUACCAAUUUCCUACCAUCGCAGAUUUGGUAUUGCUUAUCAAUUAAUCAGCGUAGCUAUACUGACCGGUAUUAUGUACAUGUUGUUCAGAGGACGGAAAGGUCGAUCCCCCUUUUCUUUUGAUGUAUUCGAUCAAUUAAAGCGAGCUAAAUUCACAUUAGUUGAUCCUCUUACUGGAAGUGGAAAAGGCGUGCGUUUCGCAGAUGUUGCUGGUUUGAAAGAGGCGAAAAUUGAAAUUAUGGAACUUGUUGAUUAUUUAAAAAAUCCAGAUCAUUACAAGUCACUUGGUGCUAAAGUGCCAAAAGGUGCCUUACUUUUGGGUCCACCAGGUUGUGGUAAAACAAUGUUGGCAAAAGCUGUAGCGACAGAAGCUAAUGUUCCCUUUUUAUCUAUAAAUGGAACUGAAUUUAUUGAAAUGGUUGGUGGAGUUGGUGCUGCUCGAGUUCGAAGUUUAUUUCUUGAUGGCAAAAAACGAGCACCUUGCAUCAUUUAUAUCGAUGAAAUUGAUUCAAUUGGCGGAAGACGUCUGGAAGGAGCAGCUGCAGGACAAGGGAAUAGAGAAAGUGAACAAACUUUAAAUCAGCUUUUAGUAGAAAUGGACGGAAUUGGUUCAAGAAGUGACGUAAUUGUCAUAGCUUCCACUAACAGAGCAGAAGUUCUUGAUAAAGCUUUGAUGCGCCCGGGCAGGUUUGACCGACAUAUUUUAAUUGAUCUUCCAACUCUCUCAGAGAGGCGGGAGAUUUUCGAGCAACAUCUUAAAGGCAUCAAGUUAGUCAAGGAGCCGAGUGCUUAUUCUUUGCAACUGGCUCACAUGACUCCUGGAUUCAGUGGCGCUGAUAUAGCAAACAUUUGCAAUGAAGGUGCCAUAUUCGCAGCUAGGAAUAAAAAGAAGAAAGUAGAUUCAAAUGAUUUAUUACGUGCUAUUGAUAGAGUACUCGGAGGUGCUGAAUUAAAAAGCAAUUCGAUGGUUAAGGCAGAAAAACGAAUGAUAGCAUACCGUGAAACGGGUCGUGCUCUUACGGCGUGGCUUUUAGAACACACGGACGCUCUACUAAAAGUAUCAAUUAUCCCAAGAUCCAAGUCAAUUGGAUUCACUCAACAGGCUCGUGGGGAGCAAUAUCUCCACUCUAAAGAAAAACUCUUGGAUCGAAUGUGUGUAAUGCUUGGAGGGUCCGUUGCUGAGAAUCUAAUUUUUGAAAAAUGCACAACUGGAAACAAAGAUGACUUUAAGGCAAUAACUAAACUUGCAUAUUCCCUUGUUCGUGAGUACGGAAUGAGCUCUAACAUUGGACUAGUUUCUUUUCACCCUGACAGUCUAAGUGGUCCAAAGAAGCCCUACAGUAAAUCUCUGGGAAAUCUAAUAGAUGUCGAAGUAUCGCGCUUAAUUGCCGAUUCUUCCAAACGUACUAACGAACUGCUAUCGGAAAAUAAGGAAAAAUUGCAAAAAGUUGCCGAAGAACUCUUAAAACGGGAGGUGCUAACCUACAAAGAUAUUGAAAAGUUAAUUGGACCUCCUCCUUUUGGAAAGAAGCAGUUGGUUGAUGCUGCGGAUCUAGACACUCCAAUUGAUUUAGAAAACUCUGAAGACCCACAAGAACCAGAAGCUCCAUCUCCACAACCAUCGCCUGUUUAGUUUGUAAAAAUUUAUUUAUUUUUUAAAGCAGUAAAUAAUUAUUGUAUUGAUAUACAUUUGUUGUUGAGCUUUUUUUUAAAAAUAAAAAAAUUACAUAAAUA